AUUAACGCCGUUGGAAAGAAUAUUUAGCAUCUGGUAUUCUGUGUUUUGUUUAAGGAUGUGGCGUGCAUGGAUUUCGGCAAAUGACAGUUACACUUUGGGCAAAAAUUUUAUAACUUCCAACUGUUACACAUGCAUUGAAAUAAAUGCUCAUACGCUUAUUGACGUCAUCAUACGCCUGAGAGAUUCGGACCAACCAGAACUCUUCCUGCCAUCUUUAUAUAGUAGUCAACCAUGUGAAAGCUUUUUCCGACAAGUCCGUUCAAUGUCAUCCACGUACUCGACUAUUGUCAACUGCAGCAUGAUGGACAUCAUUCAUCGUCUCAAUAGAAUUCAAGUACAAAAUGAAAUCAUCAUCGAAGAGUCAGAAAAUAUUAUAUUUCCAAGAUUUAGGGAGAGAAAAAGUGUAAUCAAUGUCAACACAUAUCCACUACCUUCUAAUCAAGAAAUACAGAAAACCGUUGAAGACGCGAAAUGUCGAGCUAUUGAAGAUCUCGGGAACCUUGGUAUAUUUUUCAACAAUAUCUUAUGUACACUGCCUUUUUCUGCAAAGUCUAUUCAACUAGACUCAGACGACGAAUCUGACAGCGAAGAAAUCAGCGAGGAAACGGAGAGCGCAAAUGAAGACACUAUAUCUGCAGAACUUGAACAUGAUAUGAUUACGUUGCAGUCUGUAACAGGAACUUUGGAACUCAAAAAUUACUCCACCCAAACAGUUCAACUAAAUGAAACGAGUCCAUUUGCAGUCGUGCGUGAUUCGUCGCAAGCCGAAUACGUCGUUAGAAAAUCGUCCAUUUGUUGGCUGCUUAAUAAAACCAAGCACCGUUUAAGUAGCGACAGACUUCAGAGAGUACGAGAAAUCGAACUGCCGCAUUUGUCCAAGAAGGAAUCAGCUACUAGAUCAAAUACUGUCGAAGAGAAUCCGGAAAUAAGUAUAGGGACAUGGAUGCUUUUUAGAGAAGACACUGAGGCAGAAACGAAAUACAGAGUAGGCCUUGUUCUUGGAUUCGUCUAUCUAACUGGAAAAACAGACCCACAAAGAGAAUACUCCAGAUUAAGCGCUGACGUCAAUAAUGAAAGUAUUGGCGUACUAUGUACCUGGUAUAGAUUAAUAAGUUCUAGUCUCCGUCCGGCACCAGUGGGGUCACAUGAUUACAAAUGCAUUUCUGGAUAUAUGCGAACUUUACCAACACCACAGAUAGUUGAUGGGCAUAUUUUUUAUUCGGAUUUAGUUUUGAAACUAAUCCUCGAGAUUAUUCCUACAACUUCACUCCAAGGUAAAGAUGCAAAUAUCGGAAAUUUUGUGCUGAUCGAAUUUCUCACCAAAAAAACCAAAAAAUACUACAUCGGCGUUGUUAAAAGUAUCCAAUCAAGAGACAGAGAUUGCGAGGAAGAUUAUGAAGUCAAAUUCAUGCGAAAAGUGACGAAUUCGUCGAGCUCCAUAUUCGUUUUUCCAGAUGUGGACGAUACAAGUUAUGUAACAGGAGAUCAAAUAAAGCUAAUUCUGAGCAACCCGAAAAUUGACCGAAGACGUCAUCAUGUAUUCAGUGAUUCUGAUUUGUUAGAGUACGCUGUGAUUUAAAAGUUAAUUGAAGAUCGUCUCAAUUGCUAAAAAAUAUAUAUAAUUAUGUAUCGUUAACCUCUCCAGAGUACUAUUAGCAUAAAUAUACAGAGAAUAUUAUUAUAAUAUAUAAAUUAUGGUUGCGUUGAAUUAUUCUUUACUAUAUUUAAAGGUUGAUUUGCAAAUUUUAUUAUGAAAUUUAGAGGGUAAAAGAGGUUAUAAAAAAAUAGUUGCAAUAAACUAUUUAAUGUAAUUCAAGCAAGACUUCAGGGAUGCAAUUAAUGACAGUGAGACAAAAACCAUUGUUAAUAGGUAUACUGAGAAAUACUCAUCUUACAGUAAUAUAAUGUGUAUCUAUAUAAAUAUAUAAUAGUCAUGUAAUAGUCUUGUAAUAGUUGUAUAAUUAGUAUGCAAUAGUCAUGCAAUGGUCAUGUAAUUCAUGUAAUACUAUGUGUAAUACAUAUGCAAUACGUAUGUAAUACUUGUGCACUAUCUGUGGAAUACGUGCAAUACUUAUGGGAUACUUAUGCAAUACAUGCAAUACUAUUGUAAUCCCUAUGCCAUACAUGUAAUACCAGUGUAAUAACUAUGUAAUAUGUGAAAUACAUAUGCAAUGGUGUCAUACUUGGGACAGUCA